UCCCUGUAAUGCCAAUGCGUUCAGGCUAAAUUUAUACAACUUACCUCAGUAACAACAUUCCUGUACCUGAUACUUAAUAGUUAAUAAAUAAGACUAAACAUUCAUGUGGUGGUUGUGACCAUUAAAUCUAUACCGCUACAGUUCCGUAGCCAGCCACCAGAAGACGCUACCUAGAAAAUGGUACUAACAUUGAGUAACUACAAGGAACGGUAGUACUGCCAUAUCACACUUAACGGUACUGCUAAGGUACUGGACCACAGCGUACGUAAUAAAGACACACGGACCACCUGAUAUACCUAAUAUCAGUGUAGUGGACGGUAUACAAGGUGGUAAAUAGUCCAUUUAUGGACCUUGACGCACAUGGCCUGUACCAUAGGCAUACAGAAAAAAUGUCUACAUCAUACCCAUACCAAUCUUACUAGGGGCAUAUACACUUCAAUCAAUGACUGGGCAUAUGUAUAGCCAUUGAGGAAAGAGAAGAAGAAUAUAAGAAUAUCAGCCUACUGGACUGGUGCAAGCGUUGUGUGCACUGAUUAGUAUCUGGUAGUACGUAUAUUUCAGCGUUGAGAGUAGAUAGGUACGUACGUACUACUACACUACACUGUUAGUAAUACAGACUGUAGUUAUAUAUCACUGGUGGCAGCUACUUUCCUCGAUUAAUGGAUCAUUAUCAGUGAUUUGCAUUUGCCGCUGCUAUCUCUGCGGUGGUUGCAUUUAUUGCGAGUCAAUCAUUUUUGAUUUGAAGUAUUGUAAUCUGUAGAAUAUCUACAAUGGUCGAGGAAAGCGUGAAUUCCUAUAAUAAACCUAAGAAUAAAACUGCACGGCCUCGUCCUGUUUAUCUGUGGAAUGUGUUGGAUGUACAAAAGUGGUUACGGAGGCACUGUAGCGACUACUACCAAUUGUAUCAUGAAAAGUUUUUGUAUCAUGACAUUACUGGACGAGCCCUGUUGCGAGUCAAUGAGAAUAUUCUCUUGCGUUUGGGAAUCGUUAAUGAAGAACAUAGACUAGAUAUCUGGAGAGAAAUUAUGAAAUUACGACUGAAAACUGACAUUCUGGAAAUCAGAGAUAUUGAGCGCCGGAAUAAUACAAAUUACGACUAGCUUUACAAUUAUCACUAAGGAACUACUUGGUAUUUAAAUUAGCCUACCAUGCCUUUUCUUCAAUAACAGUUCUUAGUUACUGCAAGACUAAUAAUUAGAUUAAAUUAGGGGGAUAUGCAGCAGUCUAAAAAUUCACUCGAAUAUAUUAAAUUAUGUGCCGAAAUAUACCAAUAUCAAACUCAGAGCUGUGAUUUCCAAUGAGGAUGAAGGAUUUUAUUCUUUGUCUACACUAAUUGUAAGCUUCCAACUCUAAGUUAGUUAUAGGUAAGUGAAAUUAUUUUCACUAAUAUACAUAUAAUGCUCUGACUUGGAGUUCAUUGAAGUAACAUUAGUGACAUGAUUGUGUAAAUCGAUGAAUGCUGUGCAUUCUCUCUGAAUUUUUCAAAUGAAGUGGCUCAUUAAGUUACUAUUUACGUAAUUACUGAUUCUUCAGAAUUGAAGCAGCUGGUUCUCACCUUAUUUUUUCCACGCUGAUGUAGAAUUGUUUCAUGUUGUUCAUCUCAUUAUUGUGCAGGAAAACUAAAAUGCAUGAACUGAAGAAUAUAAUCCAUGUUCAUUGUGAUCCUUUGAACGUAACUAUCAAUAAAAAGUAUUUUCAUGUA